UCAAACAUGAAUAUAAUUCAAUCGUCUGAUUCUGAUUCAGAUAUUCAUGAGUGUAGUCGUAGUGAUAUUGAGUAUCAUGAAGAUAGUAUUGACGAAAUUUUACAAGAAUUGAUUAUUGAUGAAGAAAAAAAAGCUGAUGAUACCGAGAAAAAUACAAUUGAAUUUAGUGAAUGGAGUGAAUUUAGUGGUCGGCAGAAAUCAUUUUCUUCUCCCGAGACAGGCAGCCUUAUUAGAGAAUUACCUAGCGAUAUCAAGCCAUAUGAUGUGUUUGAGCUGUUCGUUGAUGACGAAAUGAUAGACUUGCUUGUAUCAGAAACAAAUAGAUAUGCGUAA